AUGCGAUGGGUACGAGCUAAGAGGAUUCUUCUGAGGCCCUUUGAGAACCUUUCUUCCCUGGAGAGAUUUGUUCAGAUAGUGCGACUUGGAUCCACUAUGCUGAUCGUUAUUGUGGGCAUAGUGAUAACUGCAGGACCUCGAACAUUACCCACGAAACUAUACAUGUCGAAGUUGAAUACGUAUACGGCAGACAUCUCUAAUGGUAUAUUUGAGGCUCUUGAGAGUUCUAUCGAGUCUUCGGGUUCGACGGGUAUAAAUAAUGGUGUUGGUCUUACGACAUCGGAAAUUCUCAUAUUGACUUCUUACAUUUCGUCACAAUUAACUGAUAUUCCCGAGUUCGUCAUUGCUACAUUGUAUCAACAGUGUAGAGGUACUUCAGAUUAUGAGGAAGUGAUAUUUCCGAAUGGGUAUAUGGAAACGAUAAGGAAUUCAACGAUCAGCGUUUCUUGUUCUAGUCCCUCGUUUUCCUUUAUUUUUGAUUAUAGAGACCUAUUAGAAGUUCUAGGAUUGAAUAUUGUCUUAGAGUAUGCAUAUGGUACUGCUGCGGCAUCAGAAGACUAUCAGCGAUACAUUUCGAAGCGCAGAAACUUGAAAGUUGACAUUUUACGACUGCUAUAUUUUGUAAUAGGAUUGGAGUUCCUAAACCUAAAUCUCAUGAUCUGGUAUUAUUCCAUCAAAGGUCGAUUCAUCAAUAUAAUGACCGAAACAGUACUGUUACAUUUGAUGUCAUUUUUAGCGCUGGUUGGCUUCAUUUGUGGACUAAUUUGUAUAAUUUCCCUGACGUGGAUCAAUCUUUCUUUACAAGACAAAGUUAAAAAUGAAUUACAAGCUUUUGGGUUUUCGUACCAUCUAGGCUCAGCCUGGUUCGUUUGUGUAUGGCUUCUAGUAGGGUUACUGGCGGUAUCGUGUCUAAUCUGUACUGGUUUAGAAUGGUGUAUCGCAGAGGUAGAUGAUGAGCCAGAAACUGGUAACGAACAAAUCCUGGGGAGUUACAAAUCGGGAUUCUUCACAAACCCCAUCGUUGAUGAAGAUGAACGUGAAAUAGACGAAGAAGAAGUACCAGAUGAAGAUAUCCCAGAUGAAGAGUUCGAGUUACAUAGUCUGAUAUCUGCCACGGUCAACGAGCCUGAAGAUUACGAUUCAGACAUCAAUUUGCAAAAGCCAAUUGUGCCAUCCUCUACCAUGCAUUUCUAA